UCUCCAUUUUAGAGCUGAUGAAACCGUUUCGGGUGGUUGAGAAAGUUGCCCAGCUCGCCCGGUUAAACGAGCCUUCCUCCCCGACCAGUGUUUCCACUCGUCAGACCCCAGGCUAGAGAAGACACGGCGCAGAUUUAAUAGUUCUCAAGUGUUCCUGGUGUCCGGGGAUGUGGCACGUGGAUGAGAACGCCGCGGCGGCACCGCCUCCUCCGUCCGCUCCAACGUGGGCGCUGUACGGCCGCUCGGGGAGCUCCACCCCUUCCCCCGGACGGGAACGUGAGGCGGGGCGCCAGGCAGUCCGAGGUCCCGACACGGGUGGCCGCUGUGGUGCCGCGGAUCCCGGGCGGGCGCUUCAGCAACCUGCGAGCAGCUCGUGAGCAGCGCGAUGCGGGCUGGUAUCUGGGGAGCUCGGGGUACCUCACGGCGCCCAGGCCACGCGCUCGGGCGCGGCGGCUCCUCCCUCCCCGCCCCCGGAAGUGACGCGCGGCGGCUCAUUGCUAUGGACAGUGCAAUCACCCUGUGGCAGUUCCUGCUUCAGCUCCUACAGGAGCCUCAGAACAAGCACAUGAUCUGCUGGACCUCUAAGGAUGGGGAGUUCAAGCUUUUGCAGGCAGAAGAGGUGGCUCGUCUCUGGGGGAUUCGCAAGAACAAGCCCAAUAUGAAUUAUGACAAACUCAGCCGAGCCCUCAGAUACUAUUACGUAAAGAAUAUCAUUAAAAAAGUGAAUGGUCAGAAGUUUGUGUACAAGUUUGUCUCUUACCCAGAGAUUUUGAAAAUGGACCCAAUGACCGUGGGCAGGAUUGAGGGAGACCGGGAUGCUCCAGGCAUCAGCGAGGUCAACUGCAGUUCCAAGGAUGUGGAGAAUGGAGGGAAAGAGAAGCCACUUCAGCCUGGUGCCAAGACCUCGAGCCGCAAUGACUACAUACAUUCUGGCUUGUAUACUUCAUUUACUCUCAACUCAUUGAACUCCUCCAAUGUGAAGCUUUUCAAAUCUAAAAAGAUCGAGAAUCCAGCUGAGAAACUGGCAGAGAAAAAAUCUCCUCAGGAGCCAACACCAUCUGUCAUAAAAUUCGUGACAACACCUUCCAAAAAGCCACCAGCUGAACCCGUGGCUGCCACCAUUUCAACAGGCCCAGGUAUUUCCCCAUCUCCAGAAGAAGCUAUCCAAGCAUUAGAGACUUUGGCUUCCCCAAAACUGCCUUCCCUGGAGGCAUCGAGUGCAACUCCAGCUUUUACCAGCACACCUCCUAUUCCGUCCUCAUCUCCUCCUUUGCAGGAGCCUCCUAGGACACCUUCACCACCCCUGAGCUCUAAUGCAGACAUCGACACAGACAUCGAUUCAGUGGCUUCUCAGCCAAUGGAACUUCCAGAGAACUUGUCCCUGGAGCCCAAAGACCAGGAUUCCGCUUUGCCAGAGAAGGACAAAACAAAUCACUCAUCGAGAUCCAAGAAACCCAAAGGGUUAGAGCUGGCACCCACCCUCGUGAUCACAGGCAGUGAUCCAAGCCCGCUGGGAAUAUUAAGCCCGUCUCUCCCUACAGCUUCUCUUACGCCAGCACUUUUUUCACAGACCCCCAUCUUACUGACGCCGAGCCCCCUGUUCUCCAGUAUCCACUUCUGGAGCACUCUCAGCCCCGUGGCUCCCCUGAGUCCGGCCAGGUUGCAAGGUGCUAACACACUUUUCCAGUUUCCUACUGUACUGAACAGUCAUGGGCCAUUCACUGUGUCUGGCCUGGAUGGACCUUCCACCCCUGGCCCAUUUUCCCCAGAUCUGCAGAAAACAUAACCUAUGCACUUGUGGAGUGAGAGAACCGAGGAAUAAAGAAAUAGAGAAACAGUCAACAUGAUUACAUUUGAAGUGAGCAAUGGAUAGUCCCCUGUGCUGAUAAUAGACUAUUGUGACUGUUGCCAUUCUCUGGCGAAAUGCCCUUUUUAAGAUUCCUUUGAAUAGGACUCAAGUUGGACUGUGUGUAAAAUUGCCUUAAUUGGAGUUCAAACUCCAUCUCCCUCUUUUUCUUUUCUUUUUAAAAAAUAUUUUGAGCUUUGUGUUAAGUUUUUAAUGGGGUUUAGCAGCUCACUAUGCUUUCUUGCAAGAGCAAUUAAGAACAGUUACUCCUUCUGCCUUACUGGGACCCUUUGGCCAGGAAAGAAUUACACUCUGAGUAUAUAAUUUAGAAAACUAUUAGUUAAAUGAAAUUGGCAGUAUCUUCAGGACUAAGUGUGCUCUGUAGAAUAACUAAAAGUGAGCGGUGCAAAACCAGUGGAGGAAAAAGAACCAUUCCUGUUCACGCAGAAUAAGAUUGGAGUAAUACUAUUGGAAAGAUUCUGUUUUGCUGUGAAAUGUAACAUAUGUAAGCAACUCCAUGAAAAGGCAUCUUUACAUUUAUUCAGGGUGUCUCUUAGUGUGAUCGUGUCUGAACCUGUCAACAGAGCUGGGAGCUAGUCUAUUUCAGCAUAGGACAAUUUUUAAACCUGGGAUUUAAGACAGCAUUUGGAACAACCAGUAAGAAUUCGGAACACCAUACCUAGCAUAGAAAUGUUGUUGUGUCCUGCGGGUAGUAUGAUCAUAUAUACCCCCGUGGAAUACAGCAUGGUAGGGGAUGGCUUUUCAGAGGAUGCACCUGGAUUUUGGAAUUCUGAGGCAUCUUUGAGCAAAAAAUCCAAUUGAGUAACUUGAACCAGCAUACAGGGCUUUUCCCAGUUAGAAGAUACCCAGCGUGAGGGACCCUUUCUCUUUUCUGUUCAUUUGAUCCCAUUUUCUACUAUAGGUCUUUUAAAUUUAAGGUUGUAAUCAUUUUAAAGAUGUAAUUGGGAAGAUGAAAAGCCAGGUGAAGCCUCUAUGUCUGCAGUGAGAUAAAGAUAAGCUUAUUUAUUUGAAAAAAUUUUAUAAUUAGGGAGGAACAGAGCAUUUUCAUUUGGAAAUGCUCAUCUAUAGGGAUUGGAUUAUUUAUAUUAGUGAAAAGUAUACACCUUUAUCUCUACCAAAUUUAUAAAAUAAUCCAUACAGUUAAUCAUUGCCAGGUGCAGCAGAUUUGUUGAUCCCCCAAACCGAAUUGAUACCAACACCACAGUGGAAUCUUUUGAAAAACUUGACUUUAAAGUCCACAACUAGAUUGUAUGCUGUCACUACCACCACUGCCACCUGGACCAGUAAACUAGUCUUAACUCUAGAAAUAGUUCUUAAAAUUUAAUCACAUGAACUAGUUGGAAUGAGGGAGUAAGGACUUGAGGGCUCAAAAUGACCCUGAUACAGACCAACAUCUUCCAGAUGUAUAAUAUUCACAUUACAUUUUUUUAUACAACGUAGGAAAGCUCUAGUAUAGACGUCCAUGCUAGUUCAUUAGCAGCAGAGGGACAGUGUUUGGGAGCUGCCUCUGUGGUGUCGGAGCCCUGUUGCUGGUUCAGUCGUGGUCCUCAGCUGCCAGCUCUGGCCCUGAGAUGUACAAUGGUAGUUAGUGUUCAGUAGUGAUGGGGAACAGGCAUACUGGACUUUUUUCCCCAUAGUGAGUCAUCAGUUUGCAUGCCUGCUUGAAAUUAGAUCUCCCAGCAGCACUUUGGAAUAGUUUUAUUAGGUUAAUUAACAUUUUGUACGUUAAAUGAAUGUUGAUGGCUUGAUUUAACUAGAUAUUUUAAAUUUUGAAAGCACAGAAAAUAUUUUAUCUUUAUCUUUUUGAAUUAAAGGAGAAAAGCCAUUGCUUGUUUUCAUAGAUGAUAUGUUUGAUGAGUAACUGUCUCAGCACAGGUGCCUGGGAACCCAGGGCACCAAUAAAACUAAAGCAACUUCCAAGAAACUAGUUUUAGUCACUCCUCUGUCUAUAAACCUAUCCCCAAGCCUCUGAGAGGUGUGGGCCUUAGGUUGUUGAUGAUCUGCUUUCUCUUUGAGAUCAGCCUGUCUGGGGAAGCUUCUGUGCAUGUGUGUGCGUGCGUGCGUGUGUGUGUGUGUGUGUGUGUGUGUGUGUGUGUGUGUGUGUCCUUUUUUAAAUGAAAGUUUACGACCUUAGCUCAAGUGUAGGAAGCAGACCAUUCUAUUUGUAAACUACCUCCUUCCUGGGAAAGUCUGAGCAUCAUAUUUUUUGAACAUACACAGAGUUCUCCUUAGUAUCAAAAGGUGACAUACCACUUAAGAUCAGUGUUCCUGGAGAGACUCAUAUUUGAUAGCUGCAGCUGGCAUCCAUCACUAGUCACUUUGCCAGGAUGAAUGCUGCUGGGCACAAGUCGCCUAAGAUAGGGGAGCAGGAUGAAUGAGUUUUGGGGACAUGUGCUGCAGUUAUCUUAACGUCUCAUCUGCUCUGGCCCAUAUCUACUCAGUUAUAUUCUGGUUUAACCACCAGGCUAUCUGAAGGGAAAACAAGACCUUAAAUUGUAGCAUUUGCUGAUUUAUAUGAUGUAAAUUACUCCCCCUGUGGCUGAUUUUAAGCCACCACCUUGGAGUUGAGAAGGGAUGUGCACAGUUGGCUCAGAGCCGCACACUCAGCCAGGAAACCACUGCACUACACCCUGGAGCGGAUUUGAACAUAAUUUCUAAAAUAAUGCUUCUUGUUCAUAUGCUGAUUUUUAAAAAUAGGAAAUUAAAAUCACAUGUCUGACUUCAGUAAGUUUUUUAGUGGUUUGUCACAGUGCUUUUGUGAGGUUAUAGUCCUCAUGGCAUGUUUUGUGUGUUCAAACAGGUGGAAACUUCCACUGAUUUUGAAAAAUGUAUACAUAAUGGAAGAAUCCAGAAACAAAGUGUUAACCUUAGCUUCUUAGGGUUAAAAUACAGGUAUAAUUUUUUUUCCUUCACAUUUUGAUAGGGAAAGUAAGCCCAUGAGCCUAUAUAAUACAGUAAAAGGGUACUGGAAUUUUUUUUUUCUAACUGGAAGAAUUCCUUGGAGAUUUACACACUAUGUUAGAGAUUUUAAAAAGGCAGGACUGACUGUUGGAUCUAUUUAUCUGGCACAAUUUCUUGUUUUCCCCAUAUUAUGUGUCAUUUAGGCUUGGAGGGGAAAAUAAAUCAGAGGCUUGGAAUUCUGGAGCUGUAAGUACAGGCUGUUGAUAGUAUCACUUGAGUUCCAUUCACACCUGGCAUUGUAUGAUUUCUUGUCUAAUGACUUUGUUUCAUCCUGAUUUCAAAUUUGUGUUAUGAUUCUAAAGUUCUAAAAGGCAAUGUUGUGUGUUUCCAGUGACUUUAAGCAUAUGAGAGGUAUUUGUUGGUGUUUCAGGAAAGCAGUCUCCAACCUUUUGAACAUAAAUCUUGAUCAGUUACUAUUUUUGAACACGAAUUCUCUAUUGCAAAAUCAGGUGUAGAAUGCCAAGUUCUAUACCACUCUACUAAAGUUACAUGUACAUCAUAAGAAAGGCACAAAAAUAGAACUAAGGAUGGCAAAAAAAGUAGAUCAUGAGUAGAUGUGCUAACAUUCUGCCCCAUACCCAGUAGAUUGUCUCGUGCACAUGCCACUCUAAAGACAACUGACUCAGCAUGUUGUCUUUCACUCUAUAAUCUUGAGGAAAAAAUGUGGAUGCUUUUGUUGUGAUUGAGAAAUCCUUUACAGAUUUGAUCAGAUUUCAUGUCUGGAAGAGAUUUGGAAUUUUUCAGGAGAACUUGUCUUCAACUUUCUGAAAUUUCAUAUUAAUUGUUUUGCGUAAGUUGCUCAGUAACUCACUACCAAGUGUUCCAGAACUUCAUGUGUAUUCGUUUUGACAGCCUGUUCUCUUUCCUCUCAUAUUAGGUAUGACUGUGAUUUACUAGACUGCUUACAAACUUCUUUUGGCCUUAUAAGUAUUUUACCAACACAUUCAGAGUUAUUUCAAGUUGCUUUUUGUUACAAUACAAGUAACCUCCAUUUUCUUGCUGCAUUAGGUUUUUUUUUUUUUUUCAAUUUGUAACAUUUCAGCCUCUAAAGAAAUAACUUUCCUUGAUGGCCCUGUCCUGUUUAUCAGUUUGGUUGCUGUAUACAUUUACCCAUACCAGAAAUCUAGAAUCGUGCUGAGGUGCCAUUCUUAGAUGUAUAAACAUGUAUGGAGACGAGUGCAGGUCUCUGUGCAGAAAUCUGGGGCUCUGAGUGAGCUCCCAGACCAACAGGAAAGUUAGGAAGGGCUGCUUGUUCCUGGUAUACACAUCAUGUUCUCUGAGGGUAUGACAGAAAUGAGAAGUUAGCUGUUCAACCUGUAUUAGUGAAAUGAAGGUCAGACAUAAUUAUCUCUGUUUAGUAGGAACUGUGACCAGAGAAUGGGUGCUGUGGAAAAUACUUUGUUGUUAAUUAUCUUCUUGGUUUGGGGUCAACAAAUAAAUGUUUUGUUACUGUUUUCAGUGCUACUAGCAUUGCCUGAACCAAGGUGUCCUCUGUUAUUCCUCUUACGUCAUCAGAACUUUAACGGCAGAAUAUGGAAUUCUUGUGGGUGUAUUAAGCAAGAAGGCGGCUUUAUUUCAUUUCUCGUACUUGGUGGGACCUGUUAGUGUAAAAGUCAUGUUUUGACCUGUAAAUGGCAAAUCUGAAAGCUGAGCUAUUGAUAUAGUAUAAAUGUUCCAUUUGAAGCUGCCAGUUUCUUCAAUCUACCUUUUUUGAGAAAAAAAAAAAGUGAUAGAUUGACAGUCUGUCAGAGAAAGUACUUUCCGGGCAUGCUGCCAUUCACACUUAGCCAUUGUGAAAGAUGGAAACCAAAGUGGUUUGCAAGAGAGAGGAAUGUGGGCUUUAAAGCUUUCUACAGAGACCAGGAAAUUAAAGCUGUUGUUAACAUCAUUUUAAAUGAAACCUUGUACAAGAAAAUUCAUGAGGGAAACAAUCCAACAUAGUUAAAUGUCUUGAGCUCUAAUUUUUUGAGUAUAAUAUGCAUCAGAAAGUUUUAUGAGAUUUAAAUUUUAAAUAUUGGGAGACUAGAGCACUUCUUUCUGAGUCAUUCUGAUUUAUUGCCUGAGUACAUACAUGCAUGUGUACUGAAGUAUUGACUGAGAGUGUGUGUGUGUGUGUAUAAAUCAGUUUUUCAGAGGGAACAUAUAUUAUUCAUCCUCUAGGAUGGCUCCUAGGCUAUUUUAUACUAAAACUUUUUUUUUAAUUGGCUGCACUUUGCAGUUACCACUUUUUAAAAAUGAAUGCCUUGCACAUUUCAGUUUUUUUAAGCACAGAGAAUCAGAGGCCUUACAGACUAAUUGCUUGCCAACAUUUUAAAAAUACUGCACUACAUGUGACACACUCUUGACAGAGUCAUCUUAAACUAUUCUCAUGUUCAUGUAUUAUUGAGCAAGUAAGGGUGUCCUUUUUUAAAAUUUCUGCAUUUACUUUUGUGUAAAAUCCUUAUUCCUUGGGUUCUAAGUUUCUCAUAGAGGAGCUUUAUACCUAAAGUAGUAGUUCUACAUACAGAUUUGACCAUGGAUUAAUGAGACAGUGGAGGAGUUCUGGCAUUGUAGCCUAAUUUAUCCGUUUAAACUGUAUAUAAUAAGCAUUAGCAGAAACCUCAGAGUAUCUUGGGCUGAAUAUUCCUCUCAGCUUUGCCUUGUUGCCCAUCUCAUAAGGGCCCAUUCUGGUCUUGUCCCCUCCAAGGAUUAUGAGCCAUGCUAGGACGGGCCUGGGGUCUUCUGGACAGGGGGAUGGGGUGGGGGUGCCCUGUGGCUGGGCCAGACUUCUGGCCAAAGGAAUUAUUCAAGUAUGUCUUGGGUUCCGGGGUGGGAAUGCCAUAUACUGGUGUAAAAUCACUUGGCACUUUUUGCGACACCAUUAUUAGCACUGUAUAUUUUUUGUUUUUGUUUUUUUAAAUAACUGGAAGCACUUACUGAUUAUUUUGUUUAUAUUCAAUUCAAGGAUAUUUAGGGUCAGGGAAGUAAGGUUUAUUUCUCGUUUAUAUUUUUUGGAAUUUAAUACUGUUUGGAGAAGGGAUAAAUGGAUUACCAAAUGAACCAUUCUUCUAGGCUCUGUAAGGUAUGCUUUUUUGGCUAGGAUAUUUUAAAAUAAUUUACAAGCUUUUAAUACUAUGCUUUAUAGAAAUGUAUGACUUUUUUUUAAUGAUUUGCUAUAGAUGGUUUACACUCAACUUUGUAAACUAUCCAAUUUUAAGUUUCUUUCCGUUUAAUCAUUGUUGCUUAUUGUCUAUUAUGUAGGAGAUACAGUCCCUUCGAAUCCCUGUUCAGUAUUAGUGAAGUUGCCUAAGGUGCAUAUGUGUAAAGAUGGAAAUUAAUACAAUAGAUUUUUGAUUACUCUUUAUUUGGCCACUCUGCCUUUUCUAGUCAUAAUCAUACUGUUUCUUCACUUUUGCCUUCUUGUAGUUUCAUUUAUCUUUGUGGGUAGGGAAGAUUAAAUAUGAAACUCAGUGCCGUCAUUUUGCUUCUGGUUAGCUUUGGUUUGAGGUGAAUAAAACUUUUGACUAAGAUUAGUUUUUUAGAAUUAGGCCUAUCAUGCACCAAAUAAUUGAGUUGGCUAAAAAAAAAAGCUGUGUAAGUGUAUUUUGAACAACUAGUAAUUUUCUGUGAGCCCUACUGGAUCUUCAAGUGUAGCCAUCACUUGAAGAAUAAUGAUAUAUAAUAAACUUUUGAUUUUCACCCACCCUAUCUAUAAUUCAGAAGAAAAACAUGUGCUGUGGCAUUGACACAGAAAGAUGUGGGCUUAUUUUUGUCAGUGUCUUAGUUUGGGUGAGAACUUGUCAGGGUGCUUUCCUCAAACCUAGAGCAACUCAACUGAGAAAGUUACUUCAUGUUUAUCUUCCCCCUUGUUUAUUGUAUUGAAAUCUCUCUUUCAUAAUAUCCAGUAUCCACCACUUUUGUAUAAAUAGGAUACUUAUACAUAAGGCCUGUAAACACCUACUAUCCAAGUGAAUGAAUAGCAGUUAAGUGUCAUUAAUAACUUGUCUUAAUUUUAGUGUAAUUUACAUUAGGGAGACCUUCAAAGUAUUAAAAUCACCCUUCUCCUUUUUUGCUGAAAAAGCAAUUAAAAUGAUGGUAACUGCUAACAUUUAUUAAAAUUGCAUUAAUUGUUGAUGCAACUGGAGAGAAACUGCCGUAUCUUCUAGCUAAGUUGUCCGACUUAACCAGCUGGGAAAGAAGGAGUGUUGUUUGAAGGUUGAUCAGGAUGACUGCAGCUAGAGUCUUGAAUUCAAUUUGUUUGCAGCAAAGAAACCUUACAGAGUUUAAGCAGAUGAGGAAGAGGAUGUGCUAGCACUUUGAGGACUUUAUAAUAUGCUGCUUUUAAAAGAAAAAAGUGUAGUUAAUACUCAGUAGUGCCUCUCUAGACAUAGUGAGGGGUUGCUCUGAAUAACCAAUCAGGUGACCAUUUGUCGCUUCAAGUUGUAUGCAGAAAUUUUUGUCAAAUUCUGUAAUAGUGAUAGACAUCUUUUUAGAAAGGUGAUACAUUAAAACUAUUUUAUGUAAGAACUGACAGAGGAAAUUGCUUUUAUAAUGGCAAGCCAGCUUUAAGAAGGCACUAUAGCAGAUUUACUAAAGUCCAAAAUUAUAUAAAUAUGUUAAUAGGUAUAUGUACAACUAGAUAUGGAAAAUUGUAUUUUUUUAAAUAAACAUUUUUAACAAAA